AUGCUUGCAAAAAGUGGAAAACUGAAGAGAUAUGAAGACAGAAUUGAACAGUUUAAGCAAAAUAGGAUUUUUGGUUUGAAUCAGAAGAAGUUCUAUGACGAACUCAACAAAAGUUCCAAUUUUUCAAACGACAUGCGGAAGACUACAAAAUUCUGGGGUGACAUUUGGAGUGUAGAGAAGGAGCACAAUAGAACUGCUGUAUGGCUGAAAGAGUUGAAGAAAGAAAUAGAUCGUGACAUGAAACACACGCAAGACACGGUGAAAAUUAACACAGAGAAAGUUAAAAAGCAAAGUAGGAAACUUCCGAAUUGGAAAGCACCAGGACCAGAUGGAGUACAGGGAUAUUGGCUAAAACACUUCACCGCUCUUCAUGAAAGAAUCGCAUCCCAACUUGAUGGUAUGUUAACAGAGGAGGAGGUCCUUCAAUGGACAACACAUGGUCGAACAGUGCUUUGUCAAAAAAAUCCACAGAAAGGCACAGCGGUUGAUAAUCAUCGACCUAUUACCUGCCUUCCUUUAAUGUGGAGACUUUUGACGGGCAUUGUAGCAGAGGAAAUGUACCAAUAUCUAGAACAGAGCAAUAUAUUACCAGAUGAACAGAAAGGAUGGAGGCGAAGAAGUAGGGGCACCAAAGAUCAACUGCUCAUAGACAGAACCAUACUCAGAGAUUGUAAGAAAAGGCUUACGAAUCUGUCCAUAUCUUGGAUAGAUUACCGAAAAGCCUAUGAUCUGGUCCCGCAAAGCUGGAUAAGCGAAUGUAUGGAGAUGUUUGGAAUAGCAGAGAAUGUAAGGAACUUUCUUGGAAGAAGCAUGAAACAGUGGAAGGUAUCACUGACAUCCAACGGGGAGGAUCUUGGAGAGGUUUUUGUGAGGAGGGUUUUUUUCCAAGGAGAUAGUCUGUCGCCACUGUUAUUUGUCCUUAGUAUAAUACCAUUGUCACUGAUAUUACGGAAAGUGACGGCGGCUUAUGAAUGGGGAAAGAAGGAAUACAAGGUCAACCAUUUAUUGUUUAUGGACGACCUGAAGCUAUACGCCAAGACUGAAGAUCAGAUGAGUAUGCUAGUUAGAACCGUUCACAUGUUCAGCAAUGAUAUUGGUAUGGAAUUUGGGAUGAAAAAGUGCGGCGUUUUGACACUGAAACGAGGAAAGAUUGUUAGAAGUGAAGUAAUUAAGCUAGCUGAUGGACAAACAAUGAAAGAGGUUCAGGAGGAAGGUUACACUUAUCUAGGUAUUGUGGAAUUAGAUAAAAUCAAAGAAGCUGAAAUGAAAGAUACAAUUGGAAAAGAAUACAAAAGAAGGUUAAGGCUGGUACUAAGAUCAAAGUUGAAUGGGAAAAAAAAAGGUGUCAGCGAUCAACACAUGGGCAGUGGCCAUAUUCCGGCUGUAUGUGAAAAGAAGAGAUGGGGAAGAGGUCUUAUAAGUAUAGAACGAUAUGUCAAAGAUGAGGAGAGUAGUUUGAAAGUGUACGUGUCCAAAUCUGAAGAGAAACUGUUUAAGGGUGUAGCAAAAUUCGAGGAAUUAAGUGCAAGUGAACUGGAGGAGGUUAGAGAUCUUAAGACAAGAAAUGAAAACGAAGCGAAAGAUAGGUGGACUGGAAAGAGAAUUCAUGGACAGUUCGUCAGAGACUUAGCAGAUGAUGUAGACAAAGAGAAGACUUGGGUAUGGUUGUCAAAAUGCGAUUUGAAGGUUGGUGAAAGUAUUCAACACAUUGUAAGUGCAUGUGGGAAGUUAGCUCAAAAGGAGUACAAGAGGCGUUAUGAUAAUGUAGCGAGAAAAAUCCAUUGGGAUAUAUGCAAGGAAAGAGGACUGGAAUGCAGUGAGGAAUGGUACGAGCCUGCCCCUGAAGGAGUUGUGGAGAGUGAUGAUAACAAGGCCAGAAAAGAGAACACAUCAAUAUAUAUUAAGAAGCCUUCGAAUUAG